UACAGCCAAGCUUAAGGCUGGCAGCUGCCAGUCUUAUGAUUGCAUACAUCAGCACUAAGAUGCUGCUGCAGGCCUUGGUGGAUGCCAGAGUUCAGAAAACCCAGAGAAUGAGACAUUUACAUCGUAUGCAGAUUAAUGCAGUGGCAGCAGACUUCAAUAACCGAAGAAAAGUUCUGAAUUACUCUUACAAAGACUCAUUACUUGCUGAGAUGUCACCAAGUGGCACAGUAAGCCGACGUAACACUGUCACACUUGGUGAUGACAGUGCAUUUGGAUCAGGUGGUUCAACCUCUUCUGGAUCAGGUGGAGACAAAAACUUUGAUGAUCCCAACAUCUCGCCUUUAGGAUCUGUAGAAAACUUGUACGAGCCGAUCACACCAAAAUAUCCCGGACAACGAGAUAAUUAUUAUUAUCCUGUGGAUCCAUCACGUUCCAACUCUGCAUCUCGAACUUCAUCCAAUGGCAGUAGUAACUUCCCUACAGAAGGCUACCUAGAACCGAUAACCAGCAUGCGUCCCCCAAGUGUUGUAACUACAGCUCCUGCCAUUACAGCUGCAGUUGUUGCUGUAGGGACAGCCCCACCUGCAGCUGCAACUUUUAGCUCAGUCCCCAGUGAAACGACUGUCAAAAUUCCAACAAUGCAUAUUGAACCAGUGAGGACUUCACUUACAGAAUCUUCAGCUGAAUCAUCCCCGCAGUUAUCAGCUGAAUUACCUCCGAAUCAGAACCAGGAGUCUCAACAACCAGAGAUUCCUGAAGAAGAGGAAAGACAGAUUAUCUUAGCAUCACAACCUAUUUAUGAAGAGAUUAAUGGAUACAGCAAAAAUAAUGCUGAUGAAGGUGGACCCCCACCUUUGCCCAAGGAUAACAGAAUCCCUCGCUCAACUGUUGGGGAAGCAAAAACGCCAAUACAAUCACGCUCAUCAGAAGACCUGCUAGAACACUGUACACAGACACCACAGCCUCCGUUGGCACCUCUUCCUCAACCAACAAUGGGCACUUUAACUCGACCCAAGCCAGCUCCGAGACGUAAACCUAAGCGACCACACGGUGCCCCCCCUGAACAGUAUGUAGCAAUGAAUAGGCCUGCUACAGUGACAAUAAGUCUAGGUGCAGAUGAUGUGAAGGAGAUGUACAGCAAACUGACCAACAUGAACCAAGAUACUCUGCAACACAUUCACAAUUAUUUUGAAAGCAUCUUCUCUCGAGGUUUAGACCGAACCCUUGGUUUCUUGAAAUGGUCAGACUUCGAGUUAAUCAGUAAACAGCCUGUACAUACAUCAGAAGAUUGUAUUGUAUAUGGUGCAAAAUUGUUACAGGACAAAGCAUCUUGCCAUCUUGUUCUGACCCACGGCAAUAAUGUCUGUGAUUCCUACGUACCACACCCUGCUUUCAUGAGACUUCAAAACCUUUCUGCCAAUGACAUUCCUGCAUCAUUCCUUCCAUCAAUGACUGACAACACCGACCAGUGUUCAGUUUUCCCGAUAGGAUCUUCAUCUUCAUCCACAGCAGUCAUCCCGAGUCCCCAUUGGCACCUAGCUGUUGGUCAGUACUCAUCAAUGGUCACCUGGCACGACUACAUCACUGACCUUAAAGACACCAUGCUGCACAACCCAGACAGCUUUGUCCAGAUUUUGUCUUUCCUUUUCCUGCAAGUCGUCAGUGGGAUUCUGCAUCAUCUCGAUCGGGGAUCCCCGCAGCUUCACUUCCGACCAGUUAGAAUAUUCCUUCUAUCUCAGAAGAACUUCAGUGGAAAACGUGUGUGUUUGCUCCCUUCUUUCAAAGCUGAUAAUAAACUACCAUCAGAUAUGAAUGAUUUCUGUGCCAAACUCUUGCAUAAUCUCUUUGAUAAGUAUCUCUUUGAUGAUGAGAAGCUUUUAGAAUGUUCCAAGGGUUUGUAUCGAGGACUUGAGCUGCUCCAAUCAGACAAACCAGACUGCCUGGCUAUCGUCAGAGGUAUGCUGGAGCUUGUCAUUUGGGGACCUUACCCAAGUGAGCUUGCAGGGAGCACUUUCACUAGUCAGGAACAAGCUUAUGACUUUUGGCUGGACAAGGAGAGAUCAAUGAUGGUCAAUCGGUUUGCUCGGUGCUCUCUUGAUCCGAGUGGAAGCUUUUCAAUAGAGGACUUUUAUAAAUUAAGAUUUUUGUUAAACUCAACUGGAACAACACUUGUCGAGAAUUCACAAUAUAUCAGUUAGCCUAAAGUACAUGUUUUUAUUUUGUUGGUUUUUUUUUUUUCUGUUUGAAAAUAAAAAAGAAAUAUUUAAAAAAUUAAAAAAAAAGAAAACCCUGAAAAGACAUAUCAGACAUUAUCAAAUGUAUUUGUUCUUAUUUUGGAUUGUAUAGCCCCAUUUUACUCCUUUCUGUUGACCCCUCUUCUGUUAUAAGGUAUAUAUUAAAAAAAUACAAAAAAAAAAAUCAAAAAAGAAACAAAGAAAAAAGCCAGAAAAGAACAACUAAAGCAAAAAAAUUGGAAAAUUGAAA